UCGGUGUGAGCACAUGUGUCAGUUAAUAGAGCUGCACACACACAGAAGGAUACAACACUUUAAAUCUACGAAAGAAGGAAAGAAAGCUUCAAGUGUCAAACACAAUCUGACUUUCUCCUGUGAGCAAACAGAGCCGACGGUGAACCUCCACCAUAUAAACACCAGUCAUCUACUGGAGCAGAACAACCUAAACUGUCAUGGCUCCCAGCUUGGCCCAGGCGUACAGGAGGAGGUGGUGGAUGGCCAUCACAGCCAUCAUAGAGAACCUGCUCUUCUCUGCUGUUCUGUUGGGCUGGGGCUCUCUACUCAUCAUGCUGAAGAACGAAGGCUUCUAUUCUCAUGUUUGUACAGAGAAUAAGACUGUCAGCACCAACGUGACUUCCUCGGGGAGCGGUCACUGGCAGAGUUGUGUGGAGCAGGAAGAGAUUUUGAAUCUCGGCUUCACCAUUGGCUCGUUCCUCUUGAGUGCAGCCACGUUACCCCUGGGCAUCUUGAUGGAUAGAUAUGGGCCACGCCCACUAAGGCUCAUUGGCAGUUCAUGUUUCGCAGCCUCCUGUGCGAUGAUAGCUGCUGCUGCAUACAACCCUGAAGUGUUGUCUGUCCUCAUCUUCUUGGCUGUCUCCUUCAAUGGCUUUGGAGGAAUCUGCCUGACCUUCACCUCACUCACACUGCCAAACAUGUUUGGGAACAUACGAUCAACCAUCCUGUCCCUGAUGAUCGGCUCCUAUGCUUCUUCAGCGGUCACCUUCCCUGCCGUCAAGUUGAUCUAUGACCUUGGCGUGUCGUUCAGAGUCAUCAUGUGGGUUUGGUCUGGUAUGGCCUGCCUGGUCUUCCUCAACUGCUUCCUAAACUGGCCUUCUGAAUCCUUCCCUGCACCUGAAGACAUCCGAUACACUAAAAAGGUGAAGCUGAGAGGGGUGGUGACAGAGGACAAUAUGACUGGAGACAGGAACAUCAAUCAUGUGACCAUCAUGGAAGACACGAUGGGCGGCAGGAUGCCAGAACCUGAACAGACAGACUCCCAAAGCACAGCCCAGGGCUCAGUGCCGCUCUGUCAUUCCGUGUGCUCCCCCAUCUUCCUGUGGAGUCUCAUCACCAUGGCAAUGACUCAGCUGAGGCUGAUCUUCUUCAUGGGUGCCAUGAACAAGAUGCUGGAGUUCCUGGUCACUCACGGCAACCCCAACCCCUCAGAACAGUUGCAGAAGGAGGUGGACGAACAAGUCGGUUUCUACUCAUCCAUCUUCGGUACAAUGCAGCUGCUGUGUCUACUGACUUGUCCUAUGAUUGGCUACAUCAUGGACUGGAGAAUGAAGGAGUGCGAAGAGGAAAAUGCAAACACACAAACAGAGAAGAGCCAGUCAGAUACCCCAAAGAGAGACAGAAAGAUCCAGAAACUGACCAAUGCCAUGAGAGCUUUCAUCUUCACCAAUCUCCUAUUGGUCACCUUUGGAAUAAUUUCCUUGAUUGACAACUUGCCCCUACAGAUGGUGUCAUUUGUUCUGCAUACUAUCGUGAGAGGAUUUAUCCACUCCUGCUGUGGAGGCCUCUAUGCUGCUGUCUAUCCAGCCAACCACUUUGGGACACUAACAGGCAUGCAGUCAAUGAUAAGUGCUGCUUUCGCCUUGCUCCAGCAGCCACUGUUCAUACUGAUGGUGGGACACCUCCAUGGAGAUCCUUACUGGAUCAAUUUGGGCCUUCUCAUCUUCUCCCUGGCUGGCUUCCUGUUGCCGGGCUAUCUGUUCUAUCACCGUAGAAACCUGAUCAGGUCAAAGGCAGAGCGUGAUAGGCUGACUGCCAGCCAAGAGAAUGCUCCUCUAGCCCUGUCAGCUAGUGGAACUGCAAAGAGCCAAGGAAAUGGCCAUGCAGCAAAUGGAUACACACCAAAUGGGUAUACUGUUUAAGAUUAUUGACAGGACUGAAAUGAUAAAUUUAUAUUACGUUUUUGUAAUUACUGUUCAGUAGUUUAUGAAAAUAGAAGUUAUAUUUGAAACCCUAAUGUCAGGCUUCUCAUUUAGAAAAGAGUCUUUGACUUAAAAACGACAUGUAACAGUGGCACAGUGGUUGGCACUGUGGCUUCACAACAUGAAGGCCCUGGGUUUGAAUCCCAUCUCUGCUUCUUCCUGUGUGGAGUUUACAUGUCGUUUCUCUAUUUAAGGGAGUUUUCUUUCUCAACUAAAAUCACCUAAAUCACCUAGAAGUGAGAUUAUGUGUACACAUGAUGGACUGUUGAACUACAAACUGGUUGCAGGUCCAAACCCUUGACCUUAGCAAUAACUGACAAACAAACAUACAAAUUCAUGGACCAUACGUGUGCUUCUGUAUGUUUCUUAUUUACUAUGAACUACACACAGUAGCUCUACUAGAGUAUUUCCCACCAUUUUUUAGAGCAUAACUUAAUUUUUUUAAACUACUGAAUGUGCUUGAAACUUGUGUGUGCUAAGUCAUACUGUAGGAAACAGCGACAAUGCAAGCCAGCAGAGCAGGCAUACAUGAGCACUUUUUAUUUUGACGUAGCAAGACAAUUUAGACGUAUUUUUAAAAUUUGAGGUUAAUUACUGUUAAUUACAGAAACAUUAAUUGUCUCUUUUGGCAACCAAAGAUACUGUUCAACAAAAGUUACACAGUCUUGCUUUAAGUUGUAAUGUUAAGAUAGCAGACCUAAUAUUAGUUAGUAACUACACUCACUCUGCUUCCAAUUUUUAUGACAUACUGAACAUAUACUGUAUACGUGACAAAUUUCACUUGGUACUUUCUGCUCUUGGAGCAGCUACUUGCUGAAAGCAGCAUUACAGCAACAAGCAACAUGGUAAACAACCUUUAGGGAGCAUUACCUUUAACCCCCCAGUGGGCAUUAUAGUUUGACAUUUUGAAAAAUACUAUUUAUUACUUUAGUGAGAUUUAGAUGAAAAUAUCCAUACCGUUGAAACUAUACUCAGUUUAGCAUUAAAACUGAAAGCAGGGGAGAACAGUUAGCCUGGCUCUGUCCACCUGCUGACACAUUUAAAUCUCACAAAUGAACAUUAGUUCUCAUUAGAAAUGUGAAAACGACAAGAUUUGGUUUGAGGGGAAUUCAGUAUGUCUGACCUUAUAAAAUAACACUACCACUGUUCUUGAGAUAAACUUGAAUGUCUAUUUUGGUAACUGAACCAAAUGAAAGGAGGAGUAAGGGAGUUUGUGUUUUCUUUGGUUGCAGUUCAUCGUGUGGGUUCAGGUCAGGUUUAGGAGUUGCACUAGCACUUGAAUUACUUUGGUGUGUUUCCCUCUGUAAGGGUGAAAAUUAGAUCUAAUGUAUUACUAUGCAACAGCUAGAGGAAAAUACUUUAACAGGGACGUAUAUGUAUUUAAUUCCCUUGUUCUUAACAAUAUGCUACAAUGGCAAUGUGACAACGUGACAAUGUAAAAGGGUCAUUCAAAGUGAUGAACCCACAGUGAAUCAUCACUUGAAUUUGCCUCUAAUUUUUGCAGAGAAAAGCUAUGACAAAGCCACUGUCCAGUACCUGCUCAGCAGCAAACAGCUGGCAGACACAGUCAGCGACCAGCAGGAGAACGUCCCUCAGGAAUAUUGGUCUUGCAUUCGUGAGGGGGGGGGGGGGUAGAAACAGAACUCCAAAUGAAUGAGAAAGUUGCUCUAUGACUGCUCAGUGUUCAUUUUAUCAAGGUACAACUAAGCCAGAGCUGUGUCUACAAAUGGUUCCACUUUUUUUAACAUCUGCUGCCCUGUCACCACCUCCACUCAAAGCAGAAAAUGAAGACGUGCUCAGUGAGGGAGGCACAUUUUGAAAACUUUCUCUGCAAAAAAAAAAAAAAACCCAAAAAACAAGCAGCCUUUACAUGUGCCACAUGUCAUAUUGUCAGUUUCAUGGUGCCACAACAACACCUCUUCAGCAGGUUGUUAUUGACAGUCACAUAGCAACCAACUCUUUCUUUGUGUAUCUAUGAUAUUUGUGUUUGACUCUGUAAAUGUGACUUAUUAAUGAGUUAAACAAAUUUUCAGUUUGUCUCCUGAGCUCAGCACUAGUUUAUAUUGUUUAGUAGUGUUCCAGUGCAUGUUUUCUCUGUCACUUUGCUAAGGUUAAUCUCGUUGGUGGUGGUUCUUUGCUGGUUUAACAUGACAUCACAGUCUGUGGAUGUUUUAGCCAAUCACAGCUCUGUUAUGGUGCAGUUGGGCCAAAAACUGCUUCCCUUUCACGUCAGUGUAAAGUAGCAUGAGACUCAUUUACUUCCAGAGAUCAGUUCUCCCUCUGUCCAACUGGCAGGACACUGACAGCCUUGACAUUUCACACUGACAUGAAUGGGAAGUGAACUGUGGUCUGACUGUGUCAUUAGGAGGACCAAAAUGAGGAGGAGAAGGAGGAGCUGAUGCCACAGAAGGAAAACUCAAUAUGAAAUGAGGGACAACCAGAAAGUACAGGGAUCUUGGUGCAGGUGCUGGUCCCAUAAAUAAUACAAUAAUUACAUGUGAAUUUAGAUAUCAGUGAAAUGUCAGUUUGUAGUCCCUGUUUUAGUCCAGCAGAUGAGCCCUUCUCCUCCUCUCCUGAAGAGUUUCUGUGAUUUCUGAAAUCCUGUGCAUGAACAGAUUUGUUUGAAGCGAAAACAAAAACAAAGUGAUUUUCAUUAAACAUUUAGGAAACGGUAUAAAAUAUAGUACUGAGGUUCAUGGAAGAAAAAAUGAAGCCUGUUGUUGAGUAUUGAAAUAAAUACUGUAGUAGCUGUGUUUUGUUGUGUUGGCAUGCUGAGAGAACAACAUGGCCUCCAGUCAAAUUUGUAAAUAGAGAGCUUGUACAGUGUCAAUGAAAAAAUCUGGCAAUAAUUUAAUAAGAUUUAUCCUCUGAUCACAUAGCGAGUUGAAAUGUGUGUUUGUGUGUGUGUGAUGGAAUGCUUUGUAAGAAGGGCCGUGGUGUGGGCCCAGAUAAAGUGCAAUCGGCUGAUGUUUGAGUGUUUUUAUUUAAAGGCAGCAUGUGCACAAAUAAAGAAAACAUCUUAUCUGAAACCAUAUUUUUUGUGACAUGCACCUGCUCAUCUGACAGCAGCCUGUCAGACUACACAUCAUAAGCAGCAGAUAUAGUACAAUCCAGUACAGACACAUUCGGCUUCAGAGAGGUGGUGUUUAUUGUAUAUCCAUUGUAUUGUAUUUGCAUCACAUUGUACAUGUGCUGCUCGUAUUACAUCCACCCACUGUGUGUUGUUAUUAUGUCACUGUUUAUCAGGUAAUUAAGGCCUGCUGGCCUCAGCAGAACCACCUGUCACAGUGUUCCUCAUUACUCAUUUUGAUGAUGAAGAGCGAGCUAAAGUUUAGUCAAACUGCCCUGCUCAUAUAUUCUUUUCUUCAUGUCAUCCAGUCAUUCACAGUUUCCUGUUUUAGUUUGUGAUUUUCACCUCAGAUACUUCACUUCCUGUCCCUUUGUGCUACCCGGCUGUCUGAUUGUGUGUCCCUGAUUUAGUUUCAUUAGUGGUGUGUUUCGUCUGUGUGUUCCCUGCCCACAGUUCAUCUUUGUACCUUGUGUCAAGCAUUCCAGCAGUUUCCUGGUGUUUAGUGUUCCUGGUUAUUGAUCUCUGUUAGUUUACCUGACCUUGUCUGCCUCCACCUCUGACUGUGUGUGUGUCACAGUCUGCUUCCUUGUUCCCGUUGACCCCUGUAUCCAGCCCCUGCUCACUUCCCUCAUUCUCCACCUUCUCCCUAUGAGGCCUGCCAUUCCUCAUUCCCCCGCCAGAUGUUCCCAGACUUUUUCCUGUUCCACCUGCUACCUGCCCCCCCAACCACACACACACACAAACACAAAUCUGCCAGUUUCACCAGUUCUUUCUCAGAUCUGUUUGUGUUCCUGCUUAUGUGCUCUUGUGUUUUCCCAGUGUUCCUGCUACUGGUGUUGCUUCUAUCUGUCUGUGUUCCUGUUUGCCAGCUUGUUCAUCUUGUCAGCCUGUAAACCUUCUGUUUCUAGCAGUGUGACACCUCAUGUGUAUUAAACCAGCAUUGGCAAGUAAACACAGUUUUUUUUUAUCCAGUUUCUGUCUCACAGUUGUGCAAUUGAGCCUAUUUCCCUCUGGUUUCAUCAGUCAUUGCACAAACAAAAUUUAGAAUCAAAUGUAAGAGGUAAUGGAUAUUUAUCGUCUCUGAAAACUGAACGAACAGAUGGCUGAUGAAAAUAAGCGUUCACUGUAAAUAACUUUUCUCUGUAAGACAAAAAUGUGUUUUGUGUUACACUUGUUUGGUUUUUGAUUUGAUUUGCAAUGUUAUUUUGCUUUGUUGUGAAGAAAUGUAAAAAGUUAAAAAUCAUUAGAAAUAUGAAAUGAAA